AAUAUAAAUGUAUCUGAAACCCAAAAAGAAUAGGUAAUAAUCAACUUUCUACAAUGGCAUAGAUUUUAAACACACCUAUUAUUUCAAGUUACCAGAAAAAAAUUUUUCAAUAUGCUGGCAAUUUAUUGAUUUUUGCAGUCAAAUUUAAUGUGAAAAAAUCAAAGAGGUAAUUAUCUUUUUUAUCAUUUCGAAGCGUUGUUUCCUAAGAUUAGGACCGCUAAGCUGAGUAGUAAACAAAGUUCGAUAGUAUUAAGCCCACAACAAACGUGUUUAUCACACAGUGAUGAGUAAAUAUACCUAGUGUUGCAUAAGUUAUAAAUAUUUAUAUAUAAAGCCGAUGAGUUUUGCAAAGUUGGGAAUAUUUAAAUAGUGGUCCCAAUGUAGAUUAAUGCUUAGUAUGUGCUAAUAAAACAGUUCGUACAUUAUUGAAUUGAAUAAUUUUUACUAUUAAUUUCAGUUUUCCCUAUUUAUUUUAACUAUUUUUCAAUUAUUUAGCUUUUGUGACAAACAAAAAGGGCAAUACUCUCUAUGAAGGAACGUAGCCAAAAAUGACAUAAAUUUGUUUUCAGUAUGUUGUGUGUAUUUGUUGCUAAGAAACCAAUUGACUCCAAACAAAAAGAUAUUGGUCAUUUUAAUUAAUUGAAAAAAUAAAUAUACUUCACAUAAGAAUAAUACGUAUAUCUAUUUCUACUAGUAUGGCUCCUACUGAUGAUAUUUCGUUAGAUAAUAAAAACACAAUAAUAUUCAACUCUACAAAGCAAGAAAUCUUUACUUUAAAUGAAAACUUUAAAAUAUUUCAACGAAAAUUGAAACUUCAAGCAAAAGUUAUCAUUAACAAAGAAGAAAUAACUGAAAACACUUUACGAAACUGUUUGGUAUUUAUUUUAGCAGCACCUCAAAUAACUUUUGAAGAAUCUGAAAUUAAUAUAAUGCAAAAUUAUAUAGAAUCAGGUGGAAGAAUGUUGAUUUUACUAACAGAAGGAAAUCCCGCAGACACUUGUAAUAUAAACAUAUUACUUGAACAUUUUGGUAUAAUUCCAAACAUUGACUGUAUUAUACGUACCCAUUACUUCAAAUAUUUCCAUCCUAAAGAAUGUUACAUAAGUGAUAGUCAAAUAACUACAGUAUUAAAUAAGGGAAAACUGGAUAUACGUUUUGUUUAUCCAUUUGGUUGUACUCUAAGUGUCAGUAAACCAAGUAUAUCUGCAUUUACCAGUGGUUUGGCGUCGUUUCCUAUCGAUAGACCUAUUGGAGCCUUAUAUUAUAAUGAAAAAUCAGGAGGUAGGUUAGUAGCAGUAGGUUCCAGUCACAUUUUUUCAGACAAAUACCUCGAUCAUGAAAAUAACGACAAAUUAAGAGAACUUAUCAUGGAUUUCUUGAUGGGUCAAGAAAAAGUCCCGAUUCCUUCAACAGAUUAUGACGAUAUAGAUAUAAUAGAUCAUCAUAUUGUGCCUGAAACAGCAAUGCUUGCAGAAAAGCCAAAACUCUGUUUAAGUGAUGCCGUAAGCCAUACUGUGGUGGAUUAUUCCAAAUUAUUUGACCAUAAAAUGUACUCUAUCAAUACAAUGCUGGUUCCUGAUUCAAUAAAAUUGUAUGAAGACUUGGGUAUUAAGCAUGAACCUCUGAAAAUUAUUACUCCAAAAUUUGAAGCUCCUUAUCCUCCAUUACAACCUGCUGUAUUUCCUCCUUCUUUCAAGGAUCUACCGCAACCACCCUUGGAACUUUUUGAUCUAGAUGACGCUUUUAGUUCCGUAUUUACAAAUUUGGCACAAUUCACAAACAAUUUUAUGAUGAACGAAAAUGAAUCUGAUGAAAAAAUAGAGAUGUACAUAGUAGAGUGUUCUAAGAUUUUAAAUUUAGAAGAUAUAGAUGAUGCACUAGGUAUAUUGUAUAAAAUAGGAUCUGAAAUAACUGAUUUUAAAAGCAUUGAAACUAUAAAAUAGCUUUAUACAUUCACUUUCUUUGUAUUAUCAAUAAAUGAUACUACCCA